AUGGUGAAUUCUAUUCUUAGUGACCUUUCUGGCCAGUUUAUUUUUCCACGAGAAGGAAAAACCUUAAAAAAAAAUAUUUACUUCCCUACUACUGACGAGUUUCUAAAUUUAGAUAUUGAAGAGAUAGUAUCAAAAUCUUUAAAAGAUGCAAUUUCCAAAGCCAAAGAUUUGGGAAUAGAACCAACCGAAAAGGAUUGGAACGAAAUUCACAUUCCAUUGCGUUUCGAUGAAUGUUUAAAUUUAGAAGAGAGCAGCAGUUUUGGUGAUAAUACCGACCAAAUAGAACAAGAAAUCGAUGAAGGUUUCUUUUUACAAGAUGGAACUGAUGAUUUAGAGAUACAUUCUAUAUCGGAAAACGAACCCGAAAGUCAAGCAGAAAGUAGCAAUAGAAUGGAAAAAUUAGAACUCCGAGACUAUUCAAGAAAAAUCAAAAAAUGUAGAUGA